AUCAAAAAAAAUAUCACUAAAACACACAUACACACUAUGCAGCCCUAUUCUCUUACAUCCAACGCGCCAUCCACACACACACACAUAGUAAGAACUUGAGAAAAUGAACACGCUCGGCAAAAAAGGUUUUCCCAUGUCUUUUGCUCUCCAUAUUUUCCUAAUAAUCGUUAUCUCACUCUUGGCAACCCCUUCAUCAUCAUCUUCUUCUUCACUAGAGUCAUUUGUAUACGUAGGCUGCACCCAGCUCAAAUACAACCCCGGCACCCCCUACGAGUCCAAUGUCAACUCGGCACUCGCUUCCCUGGUCAACUCAGCCUCCAUCUCCAACUACAACAACUUCAAGAUCUCACUCCCCGGCUCCGCCCCGAACGACGUCGUCUACGGCCUCUUCCAGUGCCGCGGCGACCUCUCCCCCUCCGACUGUCGCCGCUGCACGGCCGACGCGGUCUCCCGAAUCGGGACCUACUGCGUCGGCACUUCCGGGGGCGCCCUCCAGCUGGACGGCUGUUUUAUAAAGUACGACAACGUGUCGUUCUUGGGGGCUCAGGACAAGGCCGUGGUGUCGAAUAAAUGUGGGCCGUCGAUCGGGUACGACUCCGACUUGCUGACUAGGAGGGAUGCUGUGCUGGCGUAUCUGACGGGCGGCGGGCAUUACUUUCGGGUCGGUGGGUCCGGGAGAGUGCAGGGUAUGGUGCAGUGCACCAUGGAUUUGAGUAUGGGCGAGUGCCAGGAUUGUUUAUCGGAGGCGAUCCAACGGCUGAAAACCGAGUGUGGGACGUCUACUUUGGGGGACGUGUUCUUGGGCAAGUGCUACGCGCGGUACUCGGAGAGUGGCUAUUCGUCCGAAAGCGGUAAGCUCCGCCGCUCCGGGUGGUGGUUCUUGGCUUCUGCAUUUACAUUUUUUCUUUAGUAGAUAGGUAAUUUGGUUAUAUUCCAUAAUUAAUGUUUAUAUCAUGUUGUAAACUAGAAUGUUCAAAAUCAAAUGAAUCUUGAAUAUCUGCUUUAAAAUUGA